AUGGCCGGGCUCUGGCAGUUGGUGGUAUGGGUGCUGACCUCCUCCCUCGUAACAUCCUGCAACAGUACGAUAUCAGGAAGGAUAUGUGGGCUCUUCUUCCUCCCAUGCCAACCCCACGUUAUGAUGCUAACACACAUCUUCUUGGCAACAAGCUCUACGUUGCUGGUGGCCGACAGUGUAAGCGACCAGUGAAGGCUUUUGAGGUAUACGACACAGAAAGCCGCUCCUGGACUUCACUGCCCAGUCUGCCAUGUAAACGCACAUAUGGGGGCGUUAUAUGGGACCCRUCUGCGAGGCUGUGUCUGUUGGGGGGACUGCGGCAAGGUGGAGGUCACCAAAACUCCAAAUUCACCAAGAACAUCAACAUUUUUGAUACCAACCAAGGCAGCUGGCUGAAGUCAGAGGAGACGGUGGUUUUGAAAACAAAAAGAGCAGACUUUGCUGCUGCCUUCCUGCGAGGACGGAUGGUGGUCGCUGGAGGACUUGAAUGUGUGUUUGCCAGGCCACGAGCCGUCAGCUCUGGACACAGUGGAAGCAUUUCAUCCUCAGAAGAAAAAGUGGGAGAGGUUGGCUCCCAUGAACUUCCCCAGAUGCUCCGCCUCUUCCAUCGUAAUCAGAGACCGCUUCUUGGUGGUGGGAGGAGUUAAUCAGGUUCCCAGCUCAGCCCACGAGAUCCUCUACGUCAAAGAAGAAGAGUAUCUGUAGCCUGCAAUGACUAAAACUGAAUGAUGGCUGUGGAUCACUGAUUCUAGUACUUCCUGCUGUCUGGACAACCCACCUGAGUCGGACUGUAAACCCCCCUGAAUCAGACUGUGGAGCAGUGAUAAACUCAACCUACUGCACGCAAUGUAACAGGAAACACUGCCCCCUGCUGGCCUUAACUGACCAUUAGAACAGCUGGUUCUSUCUUUGUUCUGAGUUGAUAAUUUGAAAGUCAGUCAGUGUUGUGUAUGUUGUGUAUGUUGCACUGCAUACUUGGAAAAGAAACAGUUUUGUAGCUCUCACAUGCAAUAUUGUAGAUACAAUAGGUUCUUUGUGUUUGCACUUCCUGGUCAGAUUUCUGUCCUCAUGUCCUGAUGUAUGAUCCAUGCUGUAAACUACAGUGAGGGGAGGGGGUUGACCCAUUCAWUAAGAAAAGUGGUAGACACUUUGAAGAACUAACUUACAGAGUGGUGCAGAAUGUCAGCAACAACAUAGAGAAACAACCCAAUGAAGCACAGAAGACCAAAGGCAGCAUGGACAGACUUUAAUCCACCCUGCCUUUACAUAUCUCGUGUACAGGAAAGUAUUUGUUCAUCAGUCUUUGCUUUAUUCAGCACAACUUCAAUUCAGAACAGUAAAUUCGAUGAAAUAGUGAUCUGUGAUGCAGAGGUGUCAGCAGACCCACAGUCCUGAACCAAGGAGUUCUGUCUGCUUUUGGACACACAAAAAUCUGUAGACUCGAUGGUUCUAUGUCUGCUUCCUAUCUUUAGUUGAAGUAAAUUGCAUCAUGUAGACAUUUUCUACUGAUAGAYCUCACAUUGUUUACAGGAUGGAGGUCUAUGAAACCAGUGCUGCAUGAGCAUGAUGUCAUCUUCACUUGACAAAACUGUAGACAUCUURUGUAUUUAUUCUUGUAUAAUACGAUUUCGAGUAUAAUACAAUACGAUCAUCAUUUUUUGAGCUUAAAAAGCAUGAAAAAUCUAACUAUCAACAACCCAUGUAUAAUACUACC